CCCCUAUUUGCUUUCUUCGCCCUUAUCACUACAAACAUGGACUCACAACUCGCCGCACAAAUCAUGCGUGUGCUGCAGACGACAGGAAUAGCGGCUGUCGUCUUUGCAGCAUGGAUCUUCGUCCCAAGACUACAGCACAGGUACUACAUGAGCAGGCUGCCUACUGUUAGCGCAGGAGCGGCGUACGCGACCACUGCGGGUAAAAUUUAUAAAGAUGCGUAUAAAAAAUUCAAAGACCAAGCCUUCACACUCGUUAAUGAUCAGGGCAAGGAAAACGUUAUUAUCCCUAUGCGCUUCCUCCCAGAGAUCCGAAAUUUGGGCGACGAUGUUCUUAGCUUCUCAAAGGGCAUUAGUGAUGAAAUGGAGAUCCAAUACACCAAACUAGUCGCUGAGAGUCAUACCGUUACUGAUACCGUCAAGACAAGGCUCACAUCCGCACUACCUCGGUUGCACACAUCUAUCGCUGAUGACGUCAAACUAGCCUUCCAAAUCUUUCUACCCCCCUGUGACGACUGGACUGAAGUUAAUAUUAACGAGAAAUUGGUUCCUAUCAUUGCCAAGGUCUCUGGUAGCGUCUUCGUCGGCCCAGAAAUCUCUAGCCAUCCUGACUACCUUGAUGCUGCUUGCAUGUACCCCGUGGAUCUGUUCAACGUCGUCACUGCUGUUAAGAAUAUCAACCCAUGGCUGAAGCCCUUUUUGGCCCCACGCACCCCAGAGGUUCUUACACUCCGCAAACGUGAGCAGCAAGCUAAGAAUGUCCUCCGCCCUAUCAUCGAGCAGCGAAUCGCAGCCAAAGCCAAAGACCCCCAGUGGAAGGAGCCAGAAGACGUACUGCAAUGGAUUAUCAACAGGGGUAACGGCAAGAUUUCUAUCGACGACAUUGUUAGUGGUCAACUUACAUUGAUCUUUGCCGCUAUCCACACUACCAGUACUACCGUUACCAACACCAUGUUCACCCUCGUCUCCAAGCCAGAAUACAUCAAGCCUCUCCAGGAAGAAAUCCGCCAAGCUAUCGCCGAGGAAGGUGGCGUCACCUAUCGUGCAGUCCAAAAGAUGGAAAAGCUCGACAGCUUCAUGAAGGAGGUUCUCCGAUUCCACGGUCCUAGUCUAACUGGUAUGCUCCGCCGCGUGCUCAAGGGUAUUACCCUCAGCAACGGCCAAUACAUCCCCCCAGGCGUCAUGAUCGAAAUUGCCUCUCAAGCCAUCUACCACGACGACCAAUUCUACCCCAACCCCGAAGUCUUUGACGGCUUCCGCUCCUACAAGGCCCGCCAGUCGGGCAAGGCUGCAGACAUUGCCCGCAACCAAUUCAUCACCACCAACGAGGAAAACCUUACCUUUGGCCACGGCAGGCACGCCUGCCCGGGUCGCUUCUUUGCUGCCCUUGAGAUCAAGAUGAUUAUAGCCCGCUUCUUGCUCGACUACGAUAUCAAGAUGCCGAACGGACAAACCGAGAGACACCCCCAGAUUGAAAUGGGUAGGAUAUCAAUUCCCUUCCCUGCAGGCCAGCUUCUCUUCAAGAAAAAGACCACAGCUUAAGCUCAGAAGGGUGCUUAGUUGUUUCCGGAGUAAGAGAGGAGGUUAAAAUCUCAACCCCCUGUGUGUAACCAUCGUUUGGCCGAGGCUUUCAGAUAGGAGUAGUAGGGAUUUUCUUGUAUCGUAGAAGAGACACGUGCAGAUUUCCAAAGUAAGAGUGUUUUUUCUUUUCUUUUGAAACACGCUGGUGGAGCUAGCGAUCCUUUUACUCCUCUGCUAUCAAUGUAGAUUACGGGGAAGGGUGUGGGGUAGUUUCGUAGACUAGGCAUAAAUAAAAUGCAUUCCUUGGAGUCCGUGUUGCCCGGUGGGGUUACAGCGGCCUUCCUGGACGUUCUUAUCAUGU